AUGUCUACGGAUACUCAGGCUCUCCAAGCUGAAGUCGACCGUCUCCGCCUCGAGUUGAAGACUCUUCAAGUCGAGACUGGUGUCGAGAAGAUCUCUAUUGGGAACUACCUCCUCACCCGACUCGCGCAGUUGGGCGUAACUUCGAUGUUCGGUCUUCCAGGAGAUUUUAAUCUUGGCUUCCUGGAUUUGGUCGAGGACCACCCCCAGAUCGACUGGGUCGGGAAUUGUAACGAAUUGAACGCCGCCUAUGCAGCUGACGGUUAUGCCAGGAUCAAAGAGGGUUCCAUUGGCGUCUUAACCACGACAUUCGGUGUUGGAGAGCUCUCGGCCAUGAAUGGUAUUGCUGGAGCCUUCUCGGAGAUGGUGCCUGUCCUCCAUGUUGUGGGAGUACCAAAUACAGUCCAACAGAAGACGCGCCCCCUUCUCCAUCACACCCUCGGUGACGGCAGAUAUGAUGCUUAUGGCAAAGCCGCCUCCCAGUUCACGAUUUGCCAACAAUAUCUUAUGGACACACAUACUGCAGCGGAAAAAAUCGACCACGCUAUAACAGAAUGCAUCACGAAGGCCCGUCCGGUCUACCUCACUCUUCCUACCAACCUCGUCUACCGAGAGAUAUCCUCUGAGCGAUUGAAGAUACCUUUGUCUCACGAUAUACCCUUCAACCAACCCGAGAUGGAGCAAGCCGUCGUAGAUCUGAUCUAUGAUCGUGUCCAGGCAGCUGACGGUGACGUUGUCGUUAUCGUUGACGCUUGUGUCAUUCGCCACAAUGCUCGAAAGGAGGUCGACGAACUUCUCAAGGCUACCGGUUUCCCUGUUUAUGCGACGCCAAUGGGCAAGACUGCUGUCGAUGAGAGUUAUUUCCGCUAUGGUGGAAUUUAUGUCGGCUCGUUGACACAUCCCGACAUCAAAGAGAAAGUCGAAAGCGCGAAGCUCAUCCUGUCGAUCGGUUCCCUCGGCAGCGAUUUCAACACCGGCAACUUCUCAUACAACAUCCCUAAGACUCGCCAGAUUGAGUUUCAUUCAACCUACACUGAAGUCAACUUUGCCCGAUUCGACAACAUCGGGAUGAAACAUAUGCUGCCCAAGCUCACGGAACGCCUCCGUGACUUCUAUCAUCCAGGGCACAAGCUUUCGGUUCCGGCGUUCAUCAAGCAGCUUCCGGAAGAAAAUACCCCCGUCAUCUCGCAUUUGUGGUUCUGGCCAAGAGUUGGUUUCUUCUUCAAGCCCAAGGACGUCAUCGUCACUGAAACGGGCACCGCCAAUUUCGGUAUUCUGGAUGUUCCUUUGCCCAGCGGUGCCGUUCUAGUCAAUCAAAUUCUUUGGGGUAGUAUCGGAUGGUCAGUUGGCAGCACUCUUGGCGCAGCUUUGGCUGCAAAGGACGUUGGAAUGGAACGAGUUAUCCUGUUCGUGGGUGAUGGCAGUCUUCAAUUGACCGUCCAAGAAAUCUCGCCUAUGAUUAGGAAGGGCUUGAAGCCUAUCAUCUUCGUUCUGAACAACAAAGGCUAUUCGAUCGAGCGAUAUAUUCAUGGAAAAGAUCGUCGCUACAACGACAUUGCUGAUUGGAAGUGGUCAAGCCUUUUGGACACCCUGAACGACGGUGGAAAAUACCCCACAGCCAGCUAUACUGUAAACAACAAGGAAGAGCUCAACAAACUCUUAGACAAUGAAGCUUUCGCUGCUGCCGACAAACUCCAGCUCGUCGAGGUCAUGAUGGAAGCUCUUGAUGCUCCUCAGGCAUUGGAGAGGCAAGCCGAGCUCACAGGCAAGGGCAAUGCCUACGCUGCUGCUGCGACCGCGUAA